AUAUACCUGGGUCAUUGUUAAACUGCUCGUUAUUCUUGUGGCGAAAACAAGUGGUCGAGGGGAAGGUGCUAGCUAUUCGCUUUGGGACGUGUUCAAAUACGUCAAUGUAACUCAGGCGUGGAGUGACAUUCGAGGUCUGUAGCCCAUAUAUUUAAAACUGCCGUCGAAAUCCAAUCACUUACCUGAGCAGACCAGGUGAAAAUCUUAGCUGGUGAACAGUACUAAGGGGAAAUCAACAGAGGACGGAAUGUGCGGUGGAAAGGUGGAAGAUGACGGGUCGUCAGACAAGGGUGCCGGUAAUUCCAAUUCCAAAUUUGGAACACCAAAAAAGUAUGAUCCCUCUUUCCGAGGACCAAUCAAAAACAGGUCAUGCACAGAUGUGCUUUGCUGCUUGUUAUUUCUGGUGUUCAUCGUUGGGAUGAUUGCCUGCUCAGUAUUGGGUUAUGUCCGUGGUGACCCUAACAAACUGAUCUACCCCACUGACUCAGAAGGGAACAUUUGCGGAACAGGAGAUAUGACGGGCAAACCAAACCUCCUGUUUUUUGACUUCCUGAAGUGCUCUCAGAUGGGUGCGGCUGUUAUCUCCGGGGGAUGUCCUACACCACAGAUAUGUGUGGAGAACUGUACCUCAUCAUAUUAUGUCUACCUGGAGACCCUCGCCAGAGAGACAGCGAGUGGUGGUAUCAGUCGUGAUGACAUGAUAUGUAAGAACGGAGUAAAUCCUUCAACUUCGAAUAAGACCAUACAGCAGCUGGUUACAGAUGAGGAUUGCGUGUCCUACACAGUUCCUACCACACCAGUGGUGGGCCGCUGUGUGCCAGCCAUUUUCAAGGAUAUUGUAGACAAGGCAGCCGAGCUAACCUCCGGCAAUAAAACCCUUGUCAAUGAAAACGGGGCGAGCAUCACUGGUCAAGUAUUGGAGGAUGCCAGCUACUAUAUGGCCUUGUUCAUGAGUGCAGCAGAGUAUGGGGAAAGAAUUUUCAAAGACAUUCUGGCAUCCUGGUGGCUGAUUUUGGUGUUCCUUGGGAUGACAAUGGUAUUGUCUUUCAUCUGGAUCGUGUUGAUGCGCUGGCUGGCAGGUAUCAUGGUCUGGCUUUCCAUCUUCCUUGUCAUGGGAGGACUCGGCUUCUGUGUCUACUACUCGGUCACAAAAUACCUGGAAAUCAGUAACAAUGCUGACUACAAUGGCCUACCUGUUGUUUUUACCACCAACUUGAGCUACUAUACCAACCUGAAAGAAACCUGGCUGGCCCUGGGAAUCCUGUCAGCUGUCCUCUUGUUGAUCAUUCUACUACUUGUCCUCUUCCUCUGUACAAGGAUACGCAUCGCCAUUGAGCUGAUCAAAGAGGGAAGCAGAGCUAUAGGCAGUAUGAUAUUCACCUUGUUUUGGCCCAUCUUCCCUUUCAUACUACAAGUGGGUGUGGUGGCCUAUUGGGGGGCCUCAGCAAUUUACAUCGCCUCCAUGGGAUCCGCCGAGUACUUGGGCGCAGGAACCAACAACACAGCUGAUGUGGUGAACUACUACUUGGAGAGAAUUCCUUGUACAGUUAAUACCAGUAAUACUGCUGGGGACCUGUGUGAAUUUGUCAAGUAUGGAGGAGAUGAGUACACUAUUUUCAUGCAGAUCUACAUGCUGUUUAUGUUUUUCUGGUGUUUGAACUUUGUCAUUGCCCUUGGAGAGAUGACCUUGGCUGGUGCCUUUGCCUCCUAUUACUGGGCCUGGGAAAAACCCCGAGACAUCCCAGCAUUCCCCAUUCUUGGGUCGCUAUGGCGAUGUAUUCGUUAUCACUUUGGAACCUUGGCUUUUGGCUCUCUGAUCAUUGCCAUUAUACAAAUUAUACGAGUUGGACUUGAGUACCUGGAUCAUAAAUUAAAAGGAAGUGAAAAUGUGGUGGCUAAAUUCUUUUUAAAGUGUCUUAAAUGCUGCUUCUGGUGUCUGGAGAAAUUCAUGAAGUUCCUGAACAGAAAUGCGUACAUCCUGACCGCUGUGUAUGGAAAAAACUUCUGUACCUCCGCCAAGAACGCCUUCUUUUUGAUCAUGAGGAAUAUUGUCAGGACUGUUGUGCUGGACAAAAUCGCAGAUUUCCUUCUCUUCCUCAGCAAAGUGUUUGUGACAGCUGGAGCAUUUGUGGGAGCUUUCUUCUGGUUCCAGGGAUCAAUUCCCGUCUUCACGGACUACGUCCCCUCUCUCAACUACUAUCUCACCCCUGUCAUUGUGGUAAUGAUUGGAGCGUACAUGAUCGCCUGUUGUUUCUUCAGUGUGUACAGUAUGGCUGUGGACACCUUGUUCCUCUGCUUCUUGGAGGAUUUGGAACGUCAUGAUGGAUCAGCAGAGAAACCGUACUACAUGAGCAAAGGUCUGAUGAGUCUUUUGGGGAAGAAGAACAAGAAAGAGUGAAGAAUGAAGAAGACAGAAGGUCGACAGAUUUUGCUUGUGGAUUUGUUAUUUAAACAGUAUUGGUAUUGAGUAAAAGAUUUGGGGGGGGGGGGAAGGGAAGGUUGCAUGCAAGAAAGGGAAACUCAACAGAAAUGACUAAGCUAAUACUAGUACCACCAUUAAAUAUGAUCACAAGAAAACAAACUGAAACUCUUGUUGGCUAAUAUGUUUUGAAUGGAUUUUUUUCUACUAUAGUGGGGAAAAAAGUGUGCGUAUGAUUAUUG